UUAUAAACCCAAAAAGGGCAAAAACAACGAACAUAUCGUAAUCCCUUCGCUCUCUCUCUCUCCCCCCUUCUCCUCCUCCCUCCUCUAUAGUUGGUGUUUCUUCUAUAUAUACCCGCUUCUUUGAACUUCAUUAUUACUUCUUCUUAAACCUCCGCAUUUUUUAAUUCUUACAAAAAUUCAUUUAUUUCGAGUUCUCUAUUGUGUCGAAUUUGGGUUUUCUUCUGAAGAAUUCUGGUAAUUUUUCCCCCCGAUUUUGAUUUCUAGGGUUUUGGGGGGUUAUUAGGGGUUUUUCAUUAUCGAUUUGAGUUGAAGAUUCAAGAAUCCAGUCAAUCUGGCUAUGGAUUACGAGCCUUGUCCUUCUGAAAUCAGUGAAUACCGUAGAUACUGAUGAAGAUCUUCCUCCACCUCAAAAUAGAGUCCAGAGAGCGCCCCACAUCUUAGGAAACGGAAAUUCAAUGCUAGGUUCAGGACCGUAUCGCAGAGUGCAGGGAGACAUGGAGCAUCAAAUCCAUCAUCUUGAAAAGGAAGCCUAUUGUGCUGUUCUUCGAGCCUUCAAAGCGCAAUCUGAUGCAAUUUCAUGGGAAAAGGAAGGAUUGAUAACUGAACUCAGGAAAGAGUUGAGAGUUUCAGAUGAUGAACACAGAGAGCUUCUCGUGAGGGUCAACAAUGAUGAUAUAAUUUGCAGAAUAAGGGAAUGGAGGCAGGCUGGGGGUCAACAGGCUUUGGGUUCAUCGCGUCCUGUUAAUGAUGUUUCCAGCCCAACUCCUGUUUCCCGUAAGAAGCAGAGAACAGCACCAUCUCUUCCUACCCAUCCUGUACCACCUCCGGCUGGAGCUGUUGGACCGCGAGGCAGAAAACCCAGACAGUUCCCAUACAGUAACCAUGCUGCACAUGAAACUGCUAUACCUGGAAAAGGUGAAGAGUUGGUGGGAAUGAAAGUAUUGACCAGGUGGCCUGAUGACAACCAUUUUUAUGAGGCUAUUGUUUCUCGAUACAACGCAUCUGAUGGCCGGCAUGAGUUAGUGUAUGCUACUCAAACACCGGAAGAAUCUUUUGAGUGGGUCAAUCUCAGGGAGAUACCUUCUGAGGACAUCCGAUGGGUGAAUGACGGUCCUGGAUUUUCUCAUAGAGGAGGGGGGCUUGGGGAAAAUAGACCUAAGAACCAUAUUGGUGCAGUUCCAGGUGCUGGAAGAAAGAGCAAUAGGAGUGAGACUCAAAAUGGUGCUGGAAAUAUGACGGAUGAUAUCGAGAUUCUCCAUACUGACACUUUGAUUAAGGAGGUGGAAAAGGUGGUCGCUGCAAGUAAUCCUGACCGUCUUGAAAUUGAGAAGGCAAAGAAAAUGCUAAAGGAACACGAGCAAGCACUUAUCGAUGCAAUCUCAAGGCUUACAUAUGUGUCAGAUGGUGAUAGUGCUGUGACUUCGACCAGAUGGAGAUCAACAAUAUUAGCGUAGUGAAUCAAAAUUUGAUUGCAUCCGGAGCUGAUUGCACCCGGAGUUGGAAAUUAGCGAAAGCAUACAAGUUAGCUGGUGUUGAAGGUAGAGCGCAAGAGACAAGCACAAAAGAGCUUUAUCUGUGAACCAGAGGCACAAAUUUGAUGAACAAAUUUGAUGACUUACUGUUGGUCCUUGUAAUUGUUAUAGAACAGAUGAACUGGGGAAUUCUUUCUGAAAAUGACCAAGUAGUGAUCAGUAAUUGUAAAAGUAGGUUCCAUGUGAAAAUUAUAAUAUUUUGUUUGGAUGUGUAUUUAGAUAGUUUGUAAGAUAGUUUAGCAGGAAUAAUAACACGAUUUUGUUGA